AUGCGUAUGCGUCUCUACUUCUCCAAGCCCCCACCGAACUACGAAUGCUCCGUCUGCGGGCAGAUGUAUUCUCUUCAGACGAGUCUCCAGAAGCAUAUGAAAUUACACACGGGUGAAACCACCUGCACGAUAUGCAACGGCGUGUACUCGAGCAUUGGGAACCUCAACAAACAUCUCCUUUCAGGUUUUCAUAUCGGAGCAUACCUGGAACAGCAGAAACCGAAAAAUGCAAAGCCGGCGCGGUUCGUGUGUCCCAUCUGUCAAGCGUCUUACUCCAGCCACUACAGCCUUAAAUAUCACAUGAAAUCCCACACCGGCGAGACAACUUGCGCCAUUUGCUCCAAAACUUUCACGAUGAAAGCCAGCUUGAAACAGCACUUGAUCAUGGUGCAUCAUCUCGCAAGAUGAAUCUCCUUCGCUUUUUAUAUUUAUUCGAUCAAUAAGACUCCCUUUGCAAUUUAUCUGUAACUUAAUCUUACGUACAAAUUUUUAUAAGUUA